UAUUCGAAUAUUUAUUAAUAGUAUUUUGACCAUUUAAUGCCUUCAGUAAGACCUGGGCUGAAUCAAAAUACUUAGUACAUACUAUAUCUGUUCAGUGUCUACUGAACAGAAGCGUUCUACGCAUAGCUGAAGACCAUACUACACUUUCAAGUGUAGUACAGUCUACAGCUAUGUGUAGAACGCUUCUGAAAGCUUCCGAACACCGCCGAAACUCCACCGAAUGUUUUGAGAUGACGUAUCUCCCCUCAGAUGCCGGCAAAACUACCUUGAUAAGUUACCUGUUUUCCGUCUUGUCAUCGUUGCUAUAAAAUUAAAAAUGUCUCUUUUUACUUGAUGACUUACUUUACUUUUUUACUCUUUUUAAUGACUCUUUUUUCGCCGCUUUCUACGACGUCUUUCUAAGCCGCUGUUGGUAGUGUCGGGUCAGCCAUCAUUUCUUCGUUCGUUACCAGACUCCGGUUGCAUUGUGAGAUAGCGUAGUGACCUACCGUUGUAUACUGUGGCGGUAGUACCAAUGGGUAGUACGCAUUCUUUAACGUUUUCUGUACUACACAAUGCGUACUGAGCAUUCGGACGCGCUAUAUUUGUGGCGUACUACAAAAUGCAUACUAUAAGUAUGAGUAUUCGGAUUCAGCCCUGGAUUGGGUUUUGCAAGGUUUGUUUACCGGCGUUGCUAUGGUUACCGGUCUUGUGUGUUCCAACGGUUUAUUGGGUUUCUGAUAAAUCGCUGUCUAAUCAAUACUUCAUUCACUGCCUCUUCCGUGGUCAUUACAAUAUUAUGAAUAGACUGCGUCGGGUUCUCCGACGUCUCUCCUCUUGGCCUGCCGAUAACAGGUUCGAAUAUUAAGGGCUGCCUAAUAUUCGUUGAUUUAUUUUUUGAUAUUCGAAUUAUAUUCGAAUUACGAAGUUCGAAGUCAAAGCCCUAAUCCACAGUGUUUAAAAUGCACCAGGAUGAAGUCCAUUCUGUUUUGAAUGUGUGGUUUACAGUUGUGACAGCAGUGUGUUAGCAUUUGAUCAAAGUGCUGAAAAUCCACAGUGUUGUGCAGGUUGUGAUAUAAGCCAUGAGAUAAGUGUGUAGAGUUCUGAAAAUUGUGUUUAAGCAAUGAAAAAUUAGCUAGUGGUUGGUCCACAGGAACUGCAUGCUGAGUUUUGCACGUGUCGCUCCAGUUGUGCCCACUGUGGUUAAGCGAUCAUAAAAAACUGUAUUGAAGUCCUCAGGUAAUACUAUACUCUAGCUUUACAAACCUUGCUCUGCUGAAGGCCUUUGCUCAAGCUGUUGCUUCAGUAAAGCAUUCUCCUCCUCCAGCAACUCUAUCCGGGUCUGCAGCUCUUCUGACCGCUUCUUCCAUUGGACUUUGCCUCGUUGAAAAAUAAUAUUUUCCAUAUUAACAACUGCAACAUAUGACAUGAUAGAUAACAAAUUCAUGUUAGUAGAGUAUAUGAGGCAAACUUGUAGGAAAAGUAAAAUGUUGAUCUAUAAAACAUACUACUGAAGUCUCGACUGGACACACUGACAAGCAUAGAAGAAAUUCAAAUCUCCUCAUGAAGCACAUGAAUCUGCACCUGCCACUGUCCGGCAACUCGGAGUCCAACAAAAAUAAUCCCACACAAGGAUCAAUUCUUCCCCACCAUAAUAUGUGUUGGUGUGUUUUUCUGCACAAUCCUCCUCUCUCUGGAUGUGUUUUACAUAGCGUGGUUCCAGAGUACGCCUGUUUUAGGCACCUGAAUACUGUGGAUAUUGUCUUUAAUAAUCGUGAUUACACUGUCAAUCAAAAUAAUCGUGAUUAUGAUUAUGAUUUUUGCCAUAAUACACAUGCUGAUAUGUUCAGCGAUCAGAUGGAGAGGAGCGUCUCCCGUAGCCUACAGUUCCAACAGGUUCACGCUGCGCUUUGCAUGAAGUGUGUGUGUUUUUAUUUUUCUUCCCAACGGGACCGUCAAUACUGUCCCAGUGUCAGUUUGGAGCUGAACUGCGCCGAACUGACACCCAGCUGAUACACAGCUAAAUCAGCUGUGUUUCAGCUUGAGCCUAUUCUUCUCGCGAGCCGCGCGUCCAGCAGCAAAAAUACAGUAGGCUAUACAUUAUGUUUCACAUCGUAGGCUACAAACCACAUAACGUGGCAUUGACAUAGGGCUACAUAUUAUAACCAUAUGAAACAACAAUAAUUUGAUGUUUUUCUUCUUUAUUUAUAGGCUAGAUGUAGGCAUUUUUAUUUUUUUUCACCCCAUAUUAUAUCAAUGAUAUAUUUCGCAGUUUUUAUUUCGAUCUUCCUGCUUCUCUCCACCCCAGAAUGUCUGUCCAAUGAAUGAAUGACCUCAGAUCACGUGUGGUUUUGCUUCGUAAUGCUGGUUCACUUGCAAAAGGGGCAGUAUGAAAGUGGACCACACCAAACAAAAAAUAUCUAAAUUCUAUUUGGUCUGGACCAAAGCAAGUGAACCAACGGACUUUCCAUGUGUGAAUACACCUUAAGUUACACCACUAAAUGCAUGAGUAAUACCAUCUGAUGACACUAAAAUGCGCCUUGAUAGGCGCUCAUAGGCGCACAGGUCACACGAGACAAAAACCUGCAAAAAUUAUGUAGAUAAAUAUCACUGGUAAGGGCUUCUGUUUUUGGUGAAAUACAGUUGCUUAUUUGCAGCUGAAUUAUUACUUUGAAAAGUAGUCUCGCCACCGUCUCGCAAUUAAACGCUUGUGGUGGCGUUAAUAAAAAGUCCCACAAUUUUAUGGUUCAUGGUCUAAAGCUAAUUAUGAGCCUUUGGUUGAUAUCCAGACAAUCCUCUAUUAUUCAGUUGGCAAUGACCACCCGCAACACUGCUACAUGCGCCAAAGUAUGAGAAUAUCGAGACGGGAAGAAAAGUCUACGAUGUCGCCAAGCAGCUAUUAACGUCGUCACCCCCCAGCUAAGCAAAGCUAACGUUACUAGCUCUUGCCGAGCCCGGCCAGAAGCUGUUUGAGUAUUACAAUAACUUUACAAAUGUGUCAACCCAACUUACCAGCAGUAGGCAUAUCGGAGCUUUCUCCUUCAGUCCCCCGCUGUCCUUUUGCCCGGGUAGAGCGCUCAGGCCUUUCCACCAUAGGCAGAUUCAUAUUUCCAGGCGUGGCAGAUCUUAACUGGUGAAAAAUCAUAUGCUGGUACUGAAACAAGAGAUAGGCCUAACAUAAGUGGUUCACACAUACAAGUAAUGGCGACUGCUUUCGAAAUAAAACAAUAACUGUUGAGAGAGGGUUGAUACUUACCAUAGCGACAAGAUCCAAUUUAUUUUGCGCGGACUAAUAGCUUCUUUCAAGUUUCAACGGCACCGAGUUGGCGGUGCGGCUUAGCCAAUCGGACGGUAGAAGCGCUUGAUUAUUAUGAUUGAGUCAGGCAUCAACCAGGGAAUCAGCCCAACCUUUGCGGUGGGAGGUGUAUCGAUGUAAAAAUCAAGCGUACCUCCACAUAUUGAACUAAUAACAGAAAAGUGCGCCAGAUUUUCAAAUCAGGGCCAGUAACAUCAGUUAUUUCCUCUGACCACCGGUGCUAUGGCUUCGAUUGUGGGAACACUUUUGAGAAAAGUGAAUGUCAAGGAGUCAAAAAAAACAUCAUUCAAGUUGAUAACAUGGUUGCAAAAGAAAAGGUUGCUGCAAAGAAAAGUGAAAUGCAAAAACUGCAGACACAAAAUGAAGAUGGUCUACUACACACAGUCCACAGAUCUCCACAUCUGGGAGUGCCGUCGUAAAAGAUGUGGACGUUUGAGGAGAAGUGUAAGGACCAAGUCUCUUUUCUCAAACUCACACUGUAGUCUCUUCACAUGGAUGAAGUACAUUCACAGAUUUGCACAGGGUUUGCAGCUACUGCAGGUAGACAUGCUUCAGGAUGGCAUCUCUAAAAGCACUGCUACACUCUCAAUGAUGUCUAAAAAACUGCGAAGAAUUUGCCUAAAAAGUCUUAAAAGGCACAGGAAAGAAAAAGGCCAGAAAAUCGGUGGAGUCAACGCUAUCGUCCACAUUGACGAGAGCAAGUUCUGCCAUAAGCGCAAGUACGGAAGAGGGCGCUUCGGGAACAGCUGGAGGAGAAAAAGGACAUGGGUCUUUGGAAUGCUCCAAAUCAAACGGUCUGACAGGCGUCCUAUUCUUCGCCUUGUGCAGAGACGAAAUAAGGAGACCCUUGUUCCUAUCAUCAAAAAGCAUGUGAAGCGUCACAGUCUCGUCGUUAGUGAUGAGUGGAGAGCGUAUGCCGGUCUCGCCACAGAGGGCUACAGGCAUGUCAGGGUGAACCACAGCCAACAUUAUGUUGACCCUCAGACAGGACUCCAUACUCAGAACCUCGAGAGAGCGUGGCAGACCUAUAAAAAGGAAAUUUGGAGAAUGCGGGGGAAUGGGUCGGAGAAGGCCUUGAAAGAGCAGCUCUGCUUUAUUGAGUGGACCUACUGGUUAGCGAGGAAAAAUUCAGAAGGUGUCCUUGGCAGGCUUGUCAAGGACAUAAGGCGCUCCUAUCAGACAUAGGAAGCAGAGCUUGGCAUUGAUCAAAAUAAGCUGAAAUGGACAGAGGAGAAAGGGGAGUGUUUUAAUUUAUUUUUAAAAGAAAAGUUUUUGUUGUAUAUGUUCAAACGGUUUAUAGUAUUCUUGGUUCUUUUGACUCUUCAAACUCUUCCUUUGUAAAAAGAGUUCUGUUGAAGAUUAGUUUUUUUUUAAUAAUAAUAGUUGUUUAUUUCACUUUGCGGUCAUCCAGUGUUACUGAUCAGUUGAGCAAAACUUGUCUCUAUUUUGUACAGUUACUAGUUUGUAGUUUGUCUACUGUUCUCAUCUGUUUUCACUUUAAUUUGACAGUCCUAAGACCUCUCUACUAAUACUUGGUUGAAUAUCGACUGAUAGUUUGUUGAGAAUCAACUAUUUUCUCUGUUUUGCUCUGUUAAUAGUUUGCACACACUAAACAGUUUUCACUUUAAUUUGACAGUCCUAAGACCUGUCUACUAAUGCUUAAUUGAAUAUCGACUGAUAGUUUGUUGAGAAUCAACUGAUAGUCAACUAUUUUCUCUGUUUUGCUCUGUUAAUAGUGUGUAGACACUAAACUGUUUUCACUUUAAUUUGACAGUCCUAAGACCUGUCUACUAAUGCUUAAUUGAAUAUCGACUGAUAGUUAGUUGAGAAUCAACUAUUUUCUCUGUUUUGCUCUGUUAAUAGUUUGCACACACUAAACUGUUUUCACUUUAAUUUGACAGUCCUAAGACCUGUCUACUAAUGCUUAAUUGAAUAUCGACUGAUAGUUUGUUGAGAAUCAACUGAUAGUCAACUAUUUUCUCUGUUUUGCUCUGUUAAUAGUUUGCACACACUAAACUGUUUUCACUUUAAUUUGACAGUCCUAAGACCUCUCUACUAAUGCUUAGUUGAAUAUUGACUGAUAGUUUGUCGACAGUCAUAUGACAAUCAACAGGUUGUCACCUACACAGGGUGCCUAUUGAUUGAUAAAAUAUUCUCAUCUUUAUUUUACAAUGAACAUAUAUGAUCAACAGAGGGUUGAAUGUUCAUUCAUUAGAUGUGUUCCUUGUGAGUGGAGGAAAGUUGAUCCAUAUGAAACGUAAGUUGAGAAUUGGUUAAUAACAGCAGUUGAUAGUCAACUUACUAGAAGUUGACACUCAACUGAUAGUUGAAUAUUUGUAAAGAACAUGUAGUAAAAAGCACAAUGUCUGUUGCAGACUGUUUUUGUAAAAAUAAAUGAACGAAAUGAAAAAUAUACUAUAGUCAACUAACACUUAGUUGAAUGCAUGUUACAUAUUUGUUGACAAGCUCUGUAGAAUAUCAACUAACUCACUGUUGAAUAUCAACUAAACACCAGCUAAUAGUGCAACGUGUAGUUAACUUAGUUAGUUGAAUGCUUGUUUCUUAUCUGUUGAAAGCUUUGUUGAUUAUCAACUAACCAUCUACUAAUAAUGCAACUAAUAGUUAACUGACAGUUAGUUGAAUGCAUGCUACGUGUACAAAACAACAUCUACUAAUAGCGCAACUUAUAGUUAACAGACAGUUAGUUGAAUCCAUGUUUCUUAUCUGUUGAACAAGCUCUGUCAAAUAUCAACUAACCAUCUACUAAUAGUGCAACUUAUAGUUAACUUACAGUUAGUUGAAUACAUGUUGCUUAGUUAGUUGAAUCCAUGUUUCUUAUCUGUUGAACAAGCUCUGUCAAAUAUCAACUAACCAUCUACUAAUAGUGCAACUUAUAGUUAACUUACAGUUAGUUGAAUACAUGUUGCUUAUCAGUUGAGAUAGUUUGGUUGAAUGUCAACUCAUUCACUGUUGACAUGCAACUGAAUAUCUACUGAUGGCUUGUUGAGUGUCAACAGUGGACUAUCAAACUAAAGUGUUACCAAAUGUUAUUUUACUUGAGGUCUUGUUGAUUGCUCCCGGUGCUAAUUUUGAUGAUUGUUCUGUUCUUUAACUUUUGCUAGACUAAAACACACCAUUGUUAUUGUAAGUAUGCACUGUAUAAAGUUGAGUUACAUUAUAAACUAUUGCAGUGUGCGAUUUUAAAUUCCUCUUAAAUUAUUCUGCUAUACUAACUUAACCCAA